AUGGGAGUUUCUGCAAGGGUUGGUGAGGAGGAUGGGGAUGAGGGAGAGAGAGUGGCGGUUGAUGAGGGAGAGGAGGAAGGAGGGGAGGAGGCAGCGAGGGAGGAGGGAGAAGAUGCAGCGGUGGAAGGGGAAGAGGCAAGCUGGGAGGAGGAGGAGGAUGCAGAGAGUGGUGGAGAGGAUAUGGAGAUUGACCAUAAUUAUGGCAGGGACAGCGGCAUUGACUGGGACGAGAGGGCAGGCUGUAACUCUUUCGGGCAGCUUACCGCUCUGAACCGUUUAUCCUUGAGUCCCUCCUCGACAUUGCAGCUGCCGGACUCUUUCACCGAGCUCUCUUCUCUCGCCGUCCUGGAGUGUCGACGAUGCAGAAUUCUUCUUCCGUCACAGGUGGAUUUCGGUCAACUGAGGGCACUCGAAACCAUCAUUUUAGAUGAAGUGGGGGGAAUGCGCGACCUGAUUGCUGAUCUGGAGGAUUUCCAGCGGGUGAAGACUCUAACCAUUAAGCGCUGCAGUGACAUCACGUCUCUGCCCGCGUCUCUUCCCCGCCUGCCUGCACUCACCAACCUCACCCUUGAUAUCGAACUCUCUGUGUUGCCCGAAGAUUUCGGGCAGUUGUCAGUGCUUCGGACACUCGUGCUAAAUCUGAGAAGUCUCACAGCCUUACCUGAUUCCAUCGCCUUGGUUACCACACUUCAAGACCUUUCCCUUGACUAUCUUCGGGUUUUGACGCAUCUGCCUCAGGAGUUCGGCCAGCUGGUUGCUUUGGAGAAGCUGUGCAUGACAGACCUUCAACAGCUCACACGCCUGCCCGAAACCUUCGGGCAGUUGACAGCUCUCCGAGAGCUGAAAAUAGUGGAGUGUACGCAGCUGCAGCAACUCCCGGACUCCCUAUCCCAGCUCUCUUCUCUCGAGCGCCUCGAGAUCAACAGAUGCCACAGCCUCACGGUGUUGCCUGCCGACAUGGGAAACGGUUUGCACUUCUUGCGCCAUCUGCUUCUACUGGACUGCACCGCUCUCACCCACCUCCCUCCAUCCUUCUCUGGUCUAACGUCGCUCGAAACCCUCGAGAUUGUAGACGCGAGACGCUUCAGGGGCGCGCUGCUAGACGGCUUUGGCUGCUUGAGGAGCCUGAAGGAGCUGUCGCUUGAUUACAUGCCACGGCUAUCCUCCCUUCCUGCUUCCUUCUCGGGCGUUCUUUCCCUCACCAGCCUGGAAGUGGGGUAUUGUCCCAAAGUAACGGUGUUGCCCGAGGGAAUCGGACGGCUGCAGUCGCUCGAGGAGGUCAGGAUCUUUGGGAUGGACGGCCUGAAAUGUCUCCCUCCGGCACUCUUUGAGUUGCCCCGUCUGCGGGUGUUGGAGGUGCGGGGAUGUGGUGGAUUAAGUGCGGUGCUAGGCGAUGAGAAGGUGGUACGACGUACUGCCAGAGGCUUUGUGACCAGCACCAGCAACAUCAACCGCAGCAGCAGUAGGGCGUUGCUUCCUUCAAUUCAGAACCUCAAGAUAAAAGAUAUCGAUGUUGAGUCUUUCGGUCCGUCCCUGGGUCGACUAUCUUCUCUGACGCAGCUGAAACUUCUCGAGAUGCACAGACUAGAGUCUCUCCCUGACUCCAUCGCUCACCUCUCACAGCUGCAAAGCCUUCGGGUUGAUACGGCUUUUAAUCUAAAAGCAGUGCCCGAGGCUCUUGGAGGCCUUGCAGGGCUGCGUGUCUUGCAGCUGGUUCGCCUGUACACGAUGCGGCAGCUGCCCGAGUCUCUGGGGCAGCUGAAAAUGCUUGAGACGCUGGAUAUUAUUGAUUGCUACAAACUGAUGCAGCUUCCACAGUCCUUCGUGAGUUUGUCCAAGCUACGAUCGUGCUCCCUUAUCAAGCUCGGGAUCCCAGUCAUUCCGGAUGAGAUUUGGAAGCUUUCUUCCCUCCGAAAGUUACUGAUUUUGGGACUGAAGCAGUUGCGAAGCUUGCCGGUUUCGUUUACCCAGCUGCCUAGGCUUAAGGUGCUGCAGGUGAUUGCGUGCAACAAGCUGACUCGUUUGCCGUCCUCUCUCCGGAGGAUGCCGACGUUGAGUGAGUGCUACAUCAGUGAAUGCCCUUUGCUCUCGCGUCGGGACACUAGAGGGGUUCCUGCAAGGAGAGAGGAGGGAGAGGAGGGGGAGGGGGAGGAGGAGGACGAAGAAGGGGAGGAGGAAGAGGGAGGGAAUGCGGGAGAGGAAGAGGGGGAGGAGGGAGCCGAUGCGGCGGCGGGCGGGGAGGCAGUGGAGGAAGACGAGAGUGGGGGUUAUGAUGAUAAUAUUGAUCAUGAGUAUGCCUUGGACAGUGAUUAUGACGACGACGUCAGAGACUGGGGGAACAGUGAUGAUGACUAG